CCGUCACCUUAAAACUCCGGUCCGCGCUGUGAUUGGCUCAUUCAGUCCCAGCUGCUCCCACUGUGAACCAUGGCGGAGUCAGCAGCCCCGAGUCUGCGAACAGCGCUCGGAAAGUGCACAAAAACUUAACAACAUGUCGACGAGAAGUUGCUUUUUUACUCCGGAAUGUCUCCUUAGCGAUCACCGGGUGGAUGUUUAGCCGAAGGAGGCGCGUUUUUGCGGGGAAAGGGGCGAGAAAGUGCGGGAGAAAUGUGUUGUCAUCUUGGACUGAGUAGACUUGGAAAACAAACAUGGCUACUACUACUUCUUGCGGAUCUUUCCCUGAUUUGGACCACCGCUUCCCGUCCGGACUCGGCUUCUGAUCGGCUCUCAAUCGACAAUCUCCGGAACUAGCGGCGAACACUUUAAAACCGCGGAUUUACCGAUUUGUUUUGGUGCUUUUUAGCGCUAAAAUCGACGCAAGAAAUGGAGCCUGCACAUAAAGAGUUGCUGGAGAAAUUUUACCCGAACUUAGUGGAGGAUAUCACGGAUGCGGAUCGGCUCGUGGACACGCUGGUUCAGUCCGGAGCCUUGUCCCAGUCGGAAGGCUUCGAGGUCGGACACAACUGCUCGUCCAACUCGGAAAAAGUGGACCUUCUAUUGAAAAUACUGCUGAGGAAGGAAAGAGACUAUUUCUUGGAGUUUUGCACGGCUUUGGAGACGAUCAAUCCACGCUUGCAUUCGCUGAUCGUGAACGGGACGGGACCAGUGGAUCACACGACUGGCUCCACGUACAGCGUUCUGUCCACGAUGCCGUCAGACUCUGAAAGCAGCAGCUCCCUCAGCAGUUUAGGUACCCCGGCCCCAGCCUCGUCUCCGCCGCCCGCGCUCCUGGAGGGCCCCCUGGUGGUCAGCGAGAAGAUGGAGACCGUCCUGUUCCAGCUACGACAGGUGACGAGAGAGCGAGACGAACUACGCAAACGGCUGGCCCUGUCCUCGCCGGGGACCACCUUCGACGACUGCAGACCAAACUCCAAAACGGGCCACGAUUACGAGCGUCUGAAGCUGCAGUGCAUGAAGGCCAUGGCUGAUCUCCAGUCUCUUCAGAACCAGCACAGCAGCACUUUGAAACGCUGCGAGGAGGCCGUGAAGAAGGCAGAUUUUUACCACACCUUGCACAGUCGCCUGGUGAGUGAACACGCUCAGAUGAAGGAGGAGCUGGAGCUGGUGAGACAGGACAACAUGCAGCUGGUCCGAGAGCACAACCACGUGAAGCAGGCCUGUGAGGAUCUGAGGAGACUGCACGAGGAGGGCCAGAGGGAGGUGGCGGACAUGAGGAUACUGCACCAACAGGUGAUGAGAGAGGGCUCCUCGGAGGUUCUGACCAAACUGUACGACAGCGCCGUGGACAAGUUUGAGGCUUUGAAAACCGACUACGAGACUCUGAGGAAACGCUACAAUGACAACAUGGCGAGUCACAACGCAGACCUGAGCCGACUGGACCAGGCCGAGGAGGAGAACCAUCAGCUCCAAAAACAACUCGAGGUCCUUCUCAAGCAACGAGACGCUGCCUUCCACUACCAGCAGCAGUACUCAACUUCUAUACGCAGAUUUGACUCCACACAGCUGGAGUUAUCAAAAGCCACAGCUCAGUACAAAGAGCUGCAAAGGGAGAUGGAGCGGCUUCAGUCUGAGACCACCAGACUGAAAACCCAGCAGCUCAAAGCUCUGAAAGACUGUGACAAAUACAGAGAGGAGCGGGACUCUGUGAUGUGUGAGUACAGACUGAUCAUGAGUGAAAGGGACCAGGUGAUCAAAGAGGUGGACCGUCUGCAGACCGGACUGGAGACGGCCCAGGCCAAACUCAAGAACAGCUCGUCAGAACGAAGAGUGGCCAACGAGGAGCUGGAGGCGCUCAGACAGGAGUUGUCCUCUGCUCUGGUGGACCGUGAUCGUGCGAUCUGUGAGAAGAACGAGCUGCUGGAGAAAUACUGUGACGAGGUGAAGGACAAGGCCGAGACUCAGAAGGAGCUGAGCCAGGCCUGUAAAGACAUCGAGACUGUGAGGGAGGAGAGAGACGUCGCCAGAAAAGAGAGGACAGAGGCCAUAAUACAGAGAGACCAGCUGCUCAGGGAGUACUACCAGGCCAGACAGAAACAAGACUCGGCGACUCUGGACAUGGAGCGCGCGAAUAAAGAGAUCGAGAUAUUGAGGAAACAGUACGAGGCGAUCUCCCAGGAGCUGAAGGACGCUCUGCAGGAGGCCGAGGUCGCCAAGUGCAGGAGAGACUGGGCCUUUCAGGAGCGCGACAAGAUCGUGGCCGAGAGGGAGAGCAUACGGACUCUGUGCGAUAACCUGCGGAGGGAGAGGGACCGAGCUGUGAGCGAUUUGGCCGACGCUCUGAGAAACCUGGACGACACGAGGAAACAGAAGAACGACGCCGUCAGAGAAGUCAAAGAAAUCAAAGAGAAGAUGGAGAACCAGCUGGAGAAGGAGGCUCGGUUCCAUCAGCUCAUGGCUCACAGCUCCCACGACUCGGCCAUCGACACGGACUCCAUCGAGUGGGAAACAGAAGUGGUGGAGCUGGAGAAACAAAGAGACAUGGAUUUGAAGGCACUUGGGUUUGACAUUUCCGAGGGGGUAAAUGAUCCGUAUUUACCAGGAGACUGUGGAGUUUUUGUGAGUAAAGUGGACAAAGGAAGUAUCGCAGAAGGAAGACUGAGAGUGAAUGAUUGGCUCUUGAAAGUGAAUGACGUCGAUCUGACCAACAAGGACAGGAAGCAGGUGAUUAAGGCGGUGCUGAGCGGGGAGGGCGUCCUGAAUAUGGUCGUACGAAGGAGGAAGUCACUGGGAGGACGCGUCAUCACACCUGUUCAGAUCAACCUGACCGGAAGCAAAGAAAGUGGAAUUGGUUUAGAAAGUGGAGUUUUUGUCGCUACUUUGGCCCCCGGGAGUCCAGCAGCGAGAGAAGGAGCUCUGACCGUCGGGGACAGACUGUUAACUAUAAACGGAAUCGCUUUGGACAACAAGUCUCUGUCUGAGUGUGAAGCUUUAUUGAGAAACUGCCGGGAUGCUCUCAGUGUCUCUCUCGUAAAGAUUUUUCCUCAGAGCUGUUCAGGCCAGAGUUUAUUAUUCGAAAACUCCCGAGACUCCGAAAAGUCCGCGUCUCGUCUCCAGUCCUGCGACGUCCACUCUCGAAACUGCCGAAACUCCAAACACAACAACAACAACAACUGCCCCAAAUCGAACUGCCCCGGCAACAACGAAAACGGCUGCAACUGCGAACAAGACAGCAGCCACAGCAACCACUCGUACUCUAACAGUUUACAUUCUCGAUCUUUAUCUCACAACGUCGCUCCGGUUUCGCCCCAUAGUCCUUCAGAAACGCACCCGGAUUAUUGCUACAGAAGGCAAGACAUCCCGCAUCGACCAGUGGCGAAUUUUACUCAAGUUUCAUCCGAUUUUUCCCCUCCCCAAGCCAAUCUAGAACGAGGAAACUCGACGCAACCUACCGGCGGAACGUGGCCUAAAGUUAUUGUCGGCACGUCCGUCCCCGAAUGCACCUCUUUCAAUCUUUCUAUUUUCAAAAAACCCAAGCAGAGGAAAUCUAUAUUCGACAUCGCAGGCUUCAGGAGACCAGACGCUCCUCCCAAACUGGAUUAUCUCUCCUUAUCUCAAGUUCCGAAACACUCUCCGCAAAGUUCCAUUUCGGAAACUCCUCCCACGCCUCCGACCAGAAGCGAUUCGUUCAGAUUUAAGCACAGGCAGCAGAACAGCUCGGCGUCGGAUUCUACGAUAACGACCGGUACGCCCCCUACGUCGCCGACCGGUAUCGCGCCGGGAUUGCUCGACGGGGACAGGGAAAGAGAGCGGGAAGGGGAGCAGUUUUUUUCGGAUACGGGGGAAGGGAAGGGAGGCGGGAGAGCGGCGGAGGAGGAAGGGGGGAGGCACAGGGCGGAGACUCAAGCGCAGAGAGAGAGAGUGAGGAGGUACAGGCCCAAAUCUGCCCCGGCGUCGAGAAGGAACGUCACACCUCUGCACAUCCCCAUGCCCAUGCAGGUACAAAGUUUCUCGAAUGACGAGCACUCUCCCGAACCCACCGACAUUUUACGGUUUUCUCCCAUGAGGAGCAAUCGCUACAGCAUGCCCUUCUCCCCGCCGAACUACAGCACCAUCUCCGGACACCCAGCUCAGAGAGGCCUGUCCCCGUGCUCCGCCGUCACUGCAGUGAUGAGGAACCCGGUGUACACGGCCUGGAGCCACGAAGUCCAGAACAACAACUGCCCCUCGGCCAACAACUCCACUGCCCACUCACACACGAGCCCUCAGCACCAGGGAGCUCUGAGUUUGGAUCUGAGUCACAAACGCUCUGGAGACGUGAGCGAGAGCAGCGCCUCUCACAACUCCAACUCUCUCCCCUCCAGCAGCAGGACAGGCGCUUCUGCGGGGCAGUUCAAGAGAAUUAAAAUCCCUCCAGUUCGAUAUCCGCGCUCCUCGGGUUCAGACAGAGGCUCCCGGUCUCACUCCGAGUGCAGCAGCCCCACCCCUCCCAUCUCUCCUGUAAACCUGGACACGUCCUCGUUCAGCAGCAGCCAAUCACAGAGCUCCAUUUCACCUCAGCCCAGAAUCUCCGUGAGCCCGGCCUCUCUGUCGGACAAGAGGAAAGACGGGCCGUACCUGGAGGAGCCUCGUAACGUGACGGUGCAGAAGGGGGCGGAGCCUCUGGGCAUCUCCAUCGUGAGCGGGGAAAACGGCGGCGUGUUCGUGUCGAAGGUGACGGCGGGCAGCAUCGCCCACCAGGCGCGGCUCGAGUACGGAGACCAGCUGCUCGAGUUCAAUGGGAUAAACCUGAGGAAUGCAAACGAGCAGCAGGCGAGGCUCGUGAUUGGACAACAGUGUGAUACAGUCACUAUUUUAGCCCAGUAUAAUCCUCACAUGUUCACACUGGGCAACCACUCACGAUCAGGUUCUCGCAUGGAGUCGAUCAGUAACCAGCCCACUCCUCAGGACAGCGCCGCCUCGACCCCGGACCGGCUCUCGUCCUCUGAGGCUCUGAGCGAACAAGACGAAGGAACCAUGACUCCGCCCUCCAAACAGACCACGCCCGCCACCAGCCCCAACAGCUCCUUCAGACUUGGCUCAGGCCCUCACAGGUCGGCAGAGGUGAGGGUGGUGAGGCUGAGGUGGGUGCAGGGGGACCUCGGGGUGCAGCUCUGCGGAGGGAACAUCUCUGGAGUGUUUGUGGAGAGUCUGGACGAGGACAGCGCCGCCAAGUGUCCGGAGGGACUACUGCCCGGAGACCUCAUACUGGAGUACAAUGGCGUCAGUAUGAAAAACAAAACUAAAGAGGAGGUUUAUCUGGAGACGCUGAAAUCUGCAGAAAACGCCACAUUUAAGGUUCAGAACUGUGUGGACGAGCUCCCCACUGUGAGAGAAGGACCUGGAGACGGGUUCUUCAUCAGAGCACUUUACGAGCGCAUGGCGGAGGUGGAGCCGGAGCUGAGUUUUAAGAAAGACGAUAUUCUUUAUGUGGAGGACACUCUGCCCAAUGGGAACCUGGGAUACUGGUCGGCAUGGCAACUGGACGAGAAGGCCCAGAGGCUGCAGCGAGGACAGGUCCCCAGCCAGUACAUUAUGGACCAGGAGCUGUACCGCAGACACACCCCCGACAGUAAAGACGACAACAGUAAAAGUCUCUCUGCUGCCGCUCGACGCUCGUUCUUCCGACGGCGACAGAAACACAAACGCAGCAGCUCCAAAGACGGAAAGGACAGCGUGGGCCUGGACUCCAUCAGCACAGAGUCUUUCCCCAUCACAGAGGAUGGCAUGUGUCUCGUGUACCAGCGCGUCCUGAAGGUGGAGCCGUUGAGCCCUCGUCCUGUGCUGAUCCUGGGUCCGCUGGUGGAUCCGUGUAAAGACCAGCUCGUCAAAGAGUCCAGCGCCAAGUUCUGCCGCUGCCCGCCUGAGGUGAUGAAGGCGUCUCAACAGGCCAUAGAGCGCGGCGUUCAGGACUGUGUGUUCAUCGACUACAAACGGAGGAGCGGACAUUUCGACGUGACGACUGUAGCCACGAUCAAAGAAGUCACAGAAAAGGACUGCCACUGUCUUCUGGACAUCGCUCCUCACGCCAUCGAGCGCCUCCACACCGUUCACAUCUACCCCAUCGUCAUCUUCAUCCGCUACAAAAACGCCAAACAAAUCAAGGAACAGAAGGACCCUCUUUACCUCCGGGACAAACUCUCACAGAAACAUUCCAAAGAACAGUUCGACGCCGCUCAGAAAGUGGAGCAGGAGUUUGGGCGCUUCUUCACAGGUGUGGUCCAGGGCGGUAGCGUGUCUUUCGUCUGCUCUCAGAUCCUCAGUUUGGUGGAGCAGGAGCAGAGCAAAGUGCUGUGGAUCCCGGACGGACCUCCAUAACGGAAAAACAACAACAACAAAAAAAACAUUCACCCCCCUCUCAGCCAAUCAGAGCCUCUCGUCAGAUCACAUGACUCUGUUUAUAUUUAAAUUAUGAUCACGGUACGACUAAUUACUACGUCAUGUUUAACGCCACCGUAGAAAACAAAACGAUAAAGGUGCGUUGUGUGACUUUUCUGGUGGAAGGUACGUCAAAUGUUUCUCCAUGGAGAUUUAAAUUGCUUUGUUGAAUGUUUCACAGUACGGCAUUAAACUUUUCUGUCUUCGAACUAUUCUAUUUCCAAAUCAGACCAAGUUACAGGUCAGGUCUGUGGAGAGGCGGUCAGAAAGCCUGUUUUUCUAAGUAUUUUUGAGCUAAAAAAAAAAAAACAUUUGAAAUUGAAUAAAUGUAAGGUAGAGAUGUUUAAUGUCACACUGUGGAACAUUCCAGGCAGAGCAAUGACAUAUCCAUAGAAACAAGAAGGCGACGGAGGCUCUAACAGAAAAGUUACGCAAUGCACCUUUAAAGGGUUGAGAAUCAAAUGGAAAAAAAAAAGUGAGAGCAAAAAAGCAAAAAUGGUUCAUAGCUAAUAACAUGUGCUCCUACUGGUUUAAUGCAAUCACUAUUUAAAGACAUUUUUUAUCAUAUACUGGGACACAUCAUAUCAUAAGGAGCACUUUUUAAUUAAUUUUUAGCUGAUUUUAGUUGUAGAAUCUGGCAACCCUGCUUUCUGAUUGGAUUAUUAGCUGAAUUCAAUCUAAACGCAAAACGUAAACAACGAUCUUAUGAAAUGUUUUUGUAAUAAAUAUGAAUAAAGCAGCAUUAUAAUUUGAUUUUAACUUGUUUACUUCAUAUUUUAGUACACAGAUAUGAAAUAAUUGAUAAAAAAAUCUACAUUUGUUGCUACAUCUGUUAAACGAAAGGCAAAACUAACACAACUCCAGACAAUUACGACAAAACGCAGCUGCUGUUUUCGUUAUUAGCGCUCAUCAUUUCCAAAACGUUUGACAUUUUUAAAUAAAAUCGCUUCCUUUUAAUUCUCAGCCCUUCACUUUUAGCACUGCUGACUUCACUCCACUAAAAUACUUUACUGAGAAUAGACUUGUUUACAAUAGAGAUGAAAACAAACACGGGACUGUCAAUAAAAGUGGAAGAAAGCGUUUAGGUUAGCUCCGAAGGUACUGUUAGCAUUAGCAUUAGCAUUAGCUCCAAAACAAAAACGGGAUUCUUGCUUUUAUAAUUUCAACUAAAUAAUUGUCUGAAUAUUUAAAGGUUUAAUCCAGAUUUGCUGAACAUUUUAGUCUCGUGAGCGCUAUGCAGUAAUACAACUGGGAAAACUUUGAAAUAGUAAAGUUAGCAGUUGUGCUACCAGUUGUUGCUAUGACGACAUGCUACAAAUAUGCUUCCUCUUCUUACAUAUUUAAUUUUUUCGUGUUUGUUUUUCUCUGACAAAUCAUUUUUUUAUUGGUACGCCAUUAUUUAAACCUGCAAUCAUUUUAUUUUAUUUUUUAUGAUAGUUUUUCACAAAUAAGGCCAAAGUAUUUUCUAGCAUAGUUAGCACCGAUUGAAGCUACAUGCUAACUUAGCCCUCACUCCGUUUACUGUAGCGUCAUCUUUUUCUUUCUGUCUUGUUCGGUUUAUUUUCAGAUUUGCUUGUUGCUAAUUAUAAUAUUUUUAAAGCUACACUAUGUAACUUUUCUGUCACCUGAUUUUAUUGUAUUAUUAUUAUAUCUUUUAAAAUGCCAAAAUCUUUAUCCACUUUUAUAGACAGUCUUGGGCUAGGACACUUACUUGAAUAAUUGUCAUAGAAUUUUAACGGACCACGUGAAGUUUUAUAAAUAUAACUACACAAUAUAUUAAAAACCGUUGUUGAAAUCUGAAUAGGACCACUGUACUCAUGUUAUUUUUGUAUAUCCUGCCAUAUUAAUUUAUAUUAUCACAAAGCUUAUACCUGUAGCUGUGUAGUUUUUAAAGACUUAUAUUAUAUUUUCAUUUAUUCUUAUUUAUAGUGGAGGAAUCAGGGGCUAUAAAGACUUGUAUGUUAUAAUUUUCGUUCAGCAUUUCAACUAUCGUGCCAAGAAGGAAAUAUAUAUAUAAAAUAAGUCCGUGUAACAACAUUUUAACCAUACCUGCUGAUAAAGAAGGGAUGUCUUGGUAUAUUUUGUUGUUUUUUUUUUAUUUUUAUUUUGGUGGGAUAAUUCACUUUACCACUGGGAUUCUUUGUCAAUCUCUAUAAUACAUUUCAGAUUUAACUUUUAUUAACUGUCCAACUGUCAAUGAAGGUUCGAAUUUCUACAAAAGAAUAAAAAAAU